UGGUUGACGUGGCCGAACUGAUAUCGUAGGAAGUUUCAUUUCGGUAGAAAUAUUGUCAAUUUAAACCCUUAAGGGUUGUCUGAGAAAGCUUUAGCGAGACACAAUGUUGACCAAGUUUGAGACAAAGUCGGCACGGGUGAAAGGACUGUCAUUUCAUCCUAAAAGACCAUGGAUCCUCUCAACAUUGCACACCGGCGUUAUUCAGCUGUGGGACUACCGCAUGUGCACACUGCUAGACAAGUAUGAUGAGCAUGAUGGCCCCGUGAGAGGGAUCUCCUUCCACAGUCAACAGCCACUGUUUGUGUCGGGUGGUGACGACUACAAGAUAAAGGUGUGGAACUACAAGCAGAAGCGAUGCAUCUUCACACUGCUCGGUCACCUUGACUACAUCCGCACGACGUUCUUCCACCACGAGUACCCGUGGGUCCUCUCCGCGUCCGACGACCAGACCAUCCGCAUCUGGAACUGGCAGUCGCGCACGUGCAUAUGCGUGCUCACCGGCCACAACCACUACGUAAUGUGCGCAAACUUCCACCCGUCCGACGACCUGGUUGUGUCGGCGUCGCUCGACCAGACCGUCCGCGUGUGGGACAUCUCUGGACUGCGGAAGAAGAACGUCGCCCCGGGUCCGGGCGGACUCGACGACCACGUCAAGAAUCAAGCGGGACACACGGACCUGUUCGGCACUGCCGACGCGAUCGUCAAGCACGUGCUGGAGGGCCACGACCGCGGCGUCAACUGGGCGGCGUUCCACGCGACGAUGCCGCUCAUCGUGAGCGGGGCCGACGACCGCCAGGUGAAGCUGUGGCGGAUGAAUGACGCGAAGGCGUGGGAGGUGGACACGUGCCGCGGACACUACAACAACGUCUCGUGCGCGCUCUUCCACCCGCGGCAGGACCUCAUCAUCAGUAAUUCCGAGGACAAGUCGAUACGAGUUUGGGACAUGGCCAAGAGAACUUGCCUGCAGACGUUUCGUCGGGAGGGCGACCGAUUCUGGGUGAUCACAUCGCACCCUGCACUGAAUCUGUUUGCCGCCGGCCACGACAGCGGUAUGAUCGUGUUUAAGCUGGAGCGUGAGCGGCCGGCGUUUGCCGUGCACAACAACGUGCUCUACUACGUCAAGGACAAGUUCCUGCGACAGCUAGACUUCAACACGAGCAAGGAUGUCGCCGCCAUGCAGCUGCGCGGCGGAAUCAAAGGCACCUUCUACAGCCUCUCGUACAACCCCGCGGAGAACGCCGUGCUUGUCUGCUGCCGCGGCGCCAACCAGGACAACUCGACCUACGACCUCUACGCGGUGCCGCGCGUCGCCGACUCCCAGAACCCGGACGCGCCCGAGGGCAAGCGCAGCGCGGGCGUCGCCGCCGUGUGGGUGGCGCGAAACCGCUUUGCCGUGCUCGACCGCACGCACGCCAUCGUCAUCAAGAACCUGAAGAACGAGGUGAGCAAGAAGGUGCAGGCGCCGAACUGCGACGACAUCUUCUACGCGGGAACGGGAAGCCUCCUGCUGCGCGACGCAGACUCCAUCACGCUGUUCGACGUCCAGCAGAAGAGGGCGCUAGCAUCCGUCAAGAUGCCAAAGGUGCGCUACGUGAUCUGGUCGCAGGACAUGACGCACGUCUCGCUGCUCGGCAAACACCUGAUCACCAUCUGCAACCGCCGCAUGGAGACACUGUGCGCCAUCCACGAGAACGCGCGAGUGAAGAGCGGGGCGUGGGACGAGACCGGCGUGUUCGUCUACACCACCAACAACCACAUUAAGUACGCGCUCACCAACGGCGACCACGGCAUCAUCAGGACGCUGGACCUUCCCAUCUACGUGACACGCGUCAAGGGCAACAGCGUCUACUGUCUGGACAGGGAGUGCAGGCCGCGAGUGCUGGGCAUCGACCCGACCGAGUUCAAGUUCAAGCUGGCUCUCAUCAAUAGAAAGUACGACGAAGUUCUACACAUGGUGCGCAAUGCCAAGCUAGUCGGACAGUCGAUUAUCGCCUACCUGCAGCAGAAGGGUUACCCAGAGGUGGCGCUGCACUUUGUCAAGGAUGAGAAGACGCGCUUCGGACUGUCGCUGGAGUGCGGAAACCUGGAGAUCGCCCUGGAAGCUGCGCGGGCGCUCGACAACAAGGCCUGCUGGGAGAGGCUGGGAGAGGCCGCUCUGCUGCAAGGCAACCACCAAAUCGUCGAGAUGGCAUACCAGCGCACGAAGAACUUUGACCGGCUCUCCUUCCUCUACCUGAUCACGGGCAACCUGGAGAAGCUGCGCAAGAUGAUGAAGAUCGCCGAGAUACGCAAGGACACGAGCGGACACUUCCAGAACGCACUCUUCCUCGGCGACACCGCCGAGAGAGUGAAGAUACUGAAGAACUGCGGACAGAACUCGCUAGCCUACCUGUCAUGCACAUCACGCCUUAUCGCACGCCAGCGUUCUCACCUGCACUGGGAGUCAGAGGGUAGAGCGAUGGCGGCUAGAGGCAAGACGACGCUGGCCGCAGCCGAGGCGACAGACGACGCGGGAGCCGGGGAAGGUUGGGGAGCAGACGCCGAACUCCUCCUGGACGACGAGGAGGGCUUCCCACAGGAAGGUGAAGAUGGUCAGCGGGUGUCUGUGAGCGAGGGCGGAGGCUGGGACGUCGGAGACGAUGACCUUGAGCUGCCCGCUGACCUUGACCUAGUACUCGCUGAUGGCGGAGGAGGAGAGGAGGGCUACUUUGUGCCGCCAACCCAGGGCGUGCCACAGACGCAGGUGUGGACGACCAACAGCCAGCUGGCCGUCGACCACGUGCUCGCCGGAGCGUUCGAGUCGGCGUGCCGGCUGCUGCACGACCAGAUCGGUGUCGUCGCGUUCGCCCCCUACCGGCCGCUCUUCCUCGUCACGUACGCUCGCGCGCGCGCUGCGCACGUCGCCACGCCCAGCACGGCGCCGCUCUUCAGCUACCCGCAUCGCAACUGGAAGGAGGCGGGCGCGAAGCAGGGCAUGCCGGCGGUCGGCGUCAAGCUCAGCGAUCUCAUACAGCGGCUGCAGGCGGCGUAUCAGAUGACGACGGGAGGCAGGUUCGGCGACGCCGUGGAUAAGUUUCGCACCAUCUUGCUCAGCAUUCCUCUACUGGUAGUCAGCAACAAGCAGGAGAUAUCUGAGGCGCAGCAGCUGCUCGGCAUCUGUAAGGAGUACAUCCUCGGACUCGGCAUGGAGCUGCUUCGUAAGGAGAUGCCGAAGGCGACGCUCGACCAGCAGAAACGCGUCUGUGAGAUGGCCGCCUACUUCACGCACUGCCGGCUGCAGCCCGUACACCAGGUACUCACUCUAAGGACCGCACUGAACCUCUUCUUCAAGCUGAAGAACUACAAGAUGGCCGGGUCGUUUGCGCGGCGGUUGCUGGAGCUCGGACCCAAGCCGGAUGUUGCACAGCAGACGCGUAAGAUUCUGCAGGCCUGCGACAAGAAUCCUACUGACGAGCACCAGCUGAUAUACGACGAACACAAUCCCUUCAACCUGUGCGGCAUCUCACACAAACCUAUAUACAGGGGAAAGCCGGAGGAGAAAUGCCCUCUCUGUCAGACGAGCUACCUUCCCGAACACAAGGGGGCGCUGUGCACGGUGUGCAGCGUGGCGGAGGUCGGCAAGGAUUGCAUCGGUCUGCGGAUCAGCCCGCUGCAGUUCCGUUGAUCGUCGCCGCGGCAACGACUCGCGCGGUUACCGACGACGACGACGAGAGUCGAGGCUGCUGUGAUUAUUGUUGGUGGUGUGGAUAUAUGUGAACGAGAGAACUGCUUACAGAGAGGGAUCCUUUUAUGGAGCGGCCACUUGUGAGACGUGGAACUAAUCGGAGGGAUUUGAUGAAGGAUCUAGAUUCAGUGGAUCAGGGUUUGUGUGUUUGUUCACAAGCGGCAUACGCGAGCUCGGGUUAAACAGCACUCUGAGGAUUGUUUCGAACGCGAGUGCAUGCAACGCAUUAUCUCUCGAGUGCGCGCGUGUUAAAGUAUGUGACACUAAUAAAUGCUUAUAGAAAUUUAAUGAGCGUGCGUCCGUGGGAUGUCUCUUAUGAACAUGAUAGACGUUAUUCCCUCGUACGUAGCAGUGCACUUUGGGUGAUGUUUAGGGACUAGAUAUUAUUCAUUGGAAUCUAUAUUUGCUGACAUAAUUGUAUGUGACAUAUGUGGGAUAGUAUGCUGUCUGUGUACGCUUACUGCUCAGGCAGUGUCUUUGGUGACUAUGAUUCGGCGAAAUAUAAUCGUGACUGUGAGGACUUC